AUGGCCUCUCAGGAACAGCUGUCUUUUGAUAAGGCAUCUGCCUGGCCGUCAGGGCUUUCCAUGUGGACCGUCUUCCUAUGCACGUGCUUGUUGGCUGCCGGAGCUUUUCUCGUCGUGAGAUAUGUCCAUGCUCCAAAAAUCGAGCAUGCGGUUCCAUACUCCGUCGAAGUCCCGCCACAACUAGCAGGUGACUACCAAUGGGAUGUUAAGGGCAAGAGGCCCAAAGCGGACUCUCCAGAGGUCAUUGGUUCCCGCAUCUAUCCUCGGUGCCCAGCAGACGGCCGCAGUCUUGGGCCUCCCAUUGAGCCGGCCGACCCCUCCGAUAUCGAUGCUGCCAUUACUGCUGCAGCUUCAGCGCAAUUGAGAUGGGCCGAAACCACGUUCGCCGAACGACGCCGAGUGCUCCAGACUCUCCUGCGUUAUAUCCUCGAUCAUCAAGAAGAAAUAGUCGCUGCAUGUUGCCUCGAUAGCGGCAAGACCAAGAUUGAUGCCUGCUUCGGUGAGAUCCUCGUCACCGUUGAGAAGUUGCAAUGGACAAUCAAACAUGGCCAGAGGGCUUUGGUGCCGUCCAGAAGACCAACCAAUCUGCUCAUGUCCUACAAGUCCAACACCGUCAUCUAUGAACCAUUGGGCGUCGUAGCGGCCUGUGUAAGCUGGAACUACCCAUUCCACAACUUUAUAUCACCGGUGAUAUCUGCUCUCUUUUCAGGUAAUGCCAUCGUUGUCAAACCCAGCGAGCAGACUUGUUGGAGUACUUCGUACUUUCUCAAGCUUAUCAGAGGUGCCCUCCACGCAUGUAACCACAGCCCGAUGCUCGUGCAAAACAUCAUCUGCCUUCCUCAAAGCGCCGACUAUCUCACAAGACAUCCAGGUGUUUCUCACAUUACAUUCAUCGGAAGUAAAGAUGUUGCGCACAAGGUUUGUGCAUCAGCCGCGAAGGUUUUGACUCCGGUGACCGUGGAGCUGGGAGGCAAGGACCCAGUUAUAGUUCAUGAUGAUUCCAAGACGGUAGCAGCAUUGCAAGAUGUUGCUUCCAUACUGAUGCGAGGAGUGUUCCAAUCUGGUCAGUGA